AUGAGCAACUCCUCUUCGUCCUAUUAUGGUACUUUAAUUUUUACUUCAUAUGGUUCUUUAGGCAACCUAAGGUACCUGUACAUUACUUUUGCUUUAUUAACAUACGUUCUCACAGUGUUUGCUAAUGUUUUUCUCAUGCUAGUGAUCUACCUGGAAUCAAGUCUCCACAAACCCAUGUAUAUUUUUUUAUUUAACCUUGCACUGAAUGGACUGUACGGAAGCUCCGCUUUCUAUCCUAAGCUAAUGGACCAUCUACUCUCGGAUGUUCAAGGAAGCUCCUAUGUUGGCUGUCUAGUCCAGGUGUUUUGCAUCAGUACCUAUGGCACUUGUGCAUAUGCAAUUCUAACUGUGAUGGCAUACGACCGCUACAUCUCUAUUUGUAAACCUUUGCAGUACUACAACAUUAUGACUCCUGCAAAAGUAAGGAAACUUUUGGCCUUCUCCUACUUCUUUCCCAUUUCUGGCAUAUCCGUACAUGUGUGGUUGACCUCAAGGCUUCCCCUGUGCAGAUUUACCAUCCAUAAACUGUUUUGUCACAACUUAGCAGUUGUGAACCUGUCCUGUGCGGACACGAGACUGAACAAUGCAUUUGGCCUGUUGCUCACGACAGGUUUAGUAGUCCUGCCUUUCAUUCUUGUGGUGCUCUCCUAUCAAAGGAUACUUAUAGUAAGUGUGAAAGCUUCAAAGGAAGCACAGAGGAAAGCCUGGAGCACGUGUGCCCCCCAUUUAAUCACUUUUGCCAAUUUCUCCAUGGCAACUCUUUUCUCUGUUAUCUACAAUCGAUUGGAACUUUACGUGCCGACAUAUGUAAAUCUAAUGAUGUCAUUACAUAUUGUGGUAAUUCCCCCCCUGUUACAUCCUGUAAUAUAUGGGUUACGAACACAAGAAAUUAGGAAAUCUAUUUUAAAGAUGCUAAGUACAAGAAGACUUUUCACUGUUUCAUCUGUUUCAUGUCAUGUAACUUCCUAG